AUGAAGCUUUCUAUCGCUGUCCUCGCCGCCAUCACAGGCGCAGUCCUGGCCCGUCCCUCAAACCUCGCCGAGCGCGUAAAGUCUCGCGCCGAUGGCACUCGUCGUCACAGGACCCAGCCCAUGAUCUUGGUCGGCACCGCCGCGAAAGAGAACUCCAAGUUCGUCGCUGAUGUAGACAACACCACUGCCCACGUUGACUAUUCAUCCAACUGGUCUGGCGCCGUUCUCGAACAGCCCUCCUCCGGCUACUUCAAGUCAGCCACCGGACGCUUUACAGUACCAACACCCAAGCACGUUGGCUCUGGUGGAACCGAGUCCGCGUCAGCUUGGGUUGGAAUCGACGGCGAUUCAUGUGCCAGCGGUCUGCUCCAGGCCGGUAUCGACUUCACCGUCAGCAGCUCCGGCGCUGUGUCCUACGAUGCUUGGUACGAGUGGUACCCUGACUACGCCUACGACUUCAGCAACUUCGCCGUCAAGGCGGGAAACGUUAUUCAAGUCGACAUCACCGCCACCUCCACCACCAAGGGUACGGUCAAGCUCACUAAUGUGAGCACUGGAAAGAGUGUCAGCCAGACACUUAGCGCACCAAGCGGCUCCGUUUUGUGCCGUCAGAACGCUGAGUGGAUUGUAGAGGACUUUGAGUCUGGAGGCAGCUUGGUCGCAUUGAGCAACUUUGGCACUGUUGUUUUCACCCAGGCUAGUGCUGCUCUUAGCACUGGUGGAUCGGACGGACUGAGCAGCGCUACCAUCAUCGAUCUCAAGCAGGGUAGCACUGUCUACACUGACGUUACCAUCAACAGUGGAUCCCAAGUCACUGUCCAGUAUAUCUAA